AUGUUUUGGUCAAACGAGCAUGACGUGUUCUUGUGCCGAGAAUUCAAAGUGGUAAAUUUAAACCCUUUUACGUUCAAAAAAGGAUCCACUCAAAGAAGCGGGAUGUGGGAGAAAAUAGCUCAAAUUUUAAACGAAUGUACCGUACUGAGAUUCAGCGUUGAUAAGAGAUCGGUUCGCGACCACAUGGGGAUUCUCGUCAACAAGCAUAAAAGAAAAGUCAGAGUCGAGGAGAAGGCAUCCGGUAUAGCGCCCGACGAGCCAAGCGAAAUGGAAAAUCUUUUGGACACUAUCAUCGCUUUAGAAGAAAGUUCAGAGGCAGAAUCACAGGAAUUAAGAGCAGAGAGAAAUGAAAAAUGUGAAAACGACCGAGCAAAGGCAGAAGAUGCGAGAUUAAAGGCCAUGGAAAAGCUUUCGGAGACUAGAAAGAGUUUAAAAUGUUGCAAGAACAGCAAGCGUUGGAAAGAGAAAAAAUGGAAGCAAUGGCCAAACAGCAGCUACAAACACAACAGCAACAAACAGAAAUGUUUAAAGUAA